GAAAGUACGGCGAUGAUUGAUUUGAAUAGCAACCACUUUAGAGGCAAAUCUCGUCCAACUCUACACCAAAUAAGUCAGCUUUCUGAUAAGUUGAGAAGGAGGAAGUUAGUUGGCAGCAAUCAAACAGCACUAGAGACAGCUUUGCUAUUGCGUGUAGUCGUAUCAAACGCUAAAUUCAAAAGCAUAGAUGAGUUAUUAGAAAUCGUAAAGUCCGUCGGUCAAGAACUCACGAAUUCACAACCAAAGGAACUCGCGAUUGGUAAUGUUACACGUAGAGUACUUAGAUUGAUUAGGGAAGAGUAUCAGCAAGCUCUUAGAGCAGCCAAUUUGGAUACCUCAGAACCUGCGCUUAGGAUGGCAUUCAAAACACCAGAUUUGUAUGGUGUGAAUAGCGCUGCUUCUUUAGGAUCUGAUAAUUCACCUUCACGAUCACCUUCAUCCGCACAGCGUCCUUCCCAUCCAACCAAUAUGGAUGACUUCAACAGAAAGUCAACAACCGUUAUGAUUCAGGCGAUCCAGGAGGUUAUUGACGAGAUUGAAACUGUUUAUGAACAGGUUUCGAAGAACGCCAGUAGUCAUAUAAGAGCUACAGACGUCGUUUUAACCUUUGGUAAAUCAAAAACAGUAGAAUCUUUCAUCAAAUCUGCUGCAUCAGCGAGUGGUGGUUUAACAGUCUAUGUAGCAGAGACUGCUCCAUUUUACACAGGCAGAGAAAUGGUCAAGUCGUUAUCUGAACAGUCAGGUAUUGAGUGUAUUUUGAUACCUGAUUCAUCAAUUUUCGCUAUUAUGCCCCGCAUAACGAAGGUUGUUUUAGGCACACACGCUGUCUUAUCAAAUGGUGGUCUUAUCUCACAAUCUGGUAGCUAUUUAGCUUGUGCGAUCGCAGAGUUACACGCCACACCCGUCAUUUGUGUCACUGGUCAAUUCAAAUUAUCAUCUAUCAGAGAUAAUCUUGAAGAGAAUGACUUUAGCUCGAGUGAUUAUGUCAAUUCUGCUAAAAUGGUGAACUACGAUGAUGGUAAUGUCGUCAACAACGUUGACGUUGCUGUUCCAUACUACGAAUACGUAAAGCCAGAGUUUAUUAGCGUCUUUAUCACAAAUGAUGGUGAAUUCCCGCCAUUCACUAUUCAUAGAUUAUUACACGAGGAGAUGACUGAAGACGAGGAACUGUAAGACAUGAGCUGUAAGACAUUUUGAUGCAUAUUUUUGCAAGUUAUGGAGAGUAAAGGAUGUCCACACCUGCGAGACACUUUGAUGCGUAUAUUUGCAAGUUAUUAAGAAUAAAGGAAGUCUACGUGAAAUAACAUCAAUUGUGAUGCAAAUUUCUCUUCAGAGAGAACCUUCUCGACUUGGUCGUCUGAUUUGAUUGACUGGGUGUCGUCUUCUGAGUCCUCUGAAUCGCUAUCUUCACCGAUAUGUCUAGACCCACUGGAUACUGCGAGCAUAUUGACGAAUGGAUGAAAAGCGACGCAACUUACGACAUCAUUUGCAACAGCGAAAGAAUGCGUAGGCUGUAUUAUACUACCAUCUAGGGAGAGGCUCCCCAGAUCAUAAAAUAGAACCUGUCCAUUGGUGUCACCAACACUCAGCCAGUUGUCUUUUAUGUGAAAGUAUAUAUUCUGAUUUGUACUACCUAAUCGAUGUAGACUAUUAACAGGCUCAGAUAAGUCAUUUACGUCGUAGAUAAGGAUGUAGUCGUGGUUUCUAAAGUUGAGAGCAAUAAGAUUGUCGUUGAUCCAUUUGAGUUGUAUUACAGAUUGAGGGAGGUGCGUCAAGAGCAACUCCAAUUGGUAAUUAAGUAAUGAGUAUAUUCCUAAAGACCUUGACAAAGAAGCGCAUGCAAGGUAAGUAGAAUUGAUGUCUAUAGAGGAUAUAAUACCAUGCUGAGUGUUUUUUGAAGCUUUAGUAGGCGACAAUUUAACUUCUUCUUGUGUAUUUGGGUCAUUUAUAUUAAAAAAAGUGAUCGAGGAGUUGUGACUUGCGAUAAGACUGUUGUUGUACUCAUAAAGGUCAAAGGGGGUAGCAAACUCGUCUUUAUCAACUAUCGGGUAAUGUGAGUGAGUUUUAUUUGUGUAUCCGUCUAACAGCUGUAUCGGUUUAUGACGACUGCUGAUAAAGAUAGGAAGUAA